UGUAGUGGGGGAUGGGCGAGGACACUCGUGUUAUGACUGGUGCUUGGCUGUGGGACAAACUUCCAGAGGCCUCGCUAUUUUUCCCCCUCUUUUUCUGUCUCCUUCGUCGGUUUUCAGUGAGGAACAAAAUGUCUCCAUCUUGACGUGGAUCAGUCAAAGAGACCAGCAGCUGACAUUAAAUCAACACUGGAGGAUUGAUUUCAACUUCAGCAAACCACAAACGUGUCAUUGUGCGCGUUUGCAGAAUAGGAAUUGGGAUUUUUUGUCGAGGACAACGCAGUUAUGAUGCACCCCUGAAGACAUCUUGAUCACAUGGGCCCCUAUACUGUGCUGACCCAAUGGUUUGAUCACCAGGACUAAAAAUGAGCAUAAGCAGUGAUGAGGUCAAUUUCCUGGUUUACAGAUAUCUGCAAGAGUCAGGCUUCUCUCACUCAGCAUUCACCUUUGGCAUAGAGAGCCACAUAAGCCAGUCCAACAUCAAUGGAGCCCUGGUGCCCCCUGCUGCCCUCAUAUCCAUCAUCCAGAAGGGCCUGCAGUAUGUGGAGGCUGAAGUCAGCAUAAAUGAGGAUGGAACCUUAUUUGACGGCCGGCCCAUCGAAUCUCUGUCUCUGAUCGAUGCCGUGAUGCCAGAUGUUGUCCAGACCAGACAGCAGGCCUAUAGAGACAAGCUGGCCCAGCAGCAGCAGGUGGCAGCAGGCAGUGCCAGCAGCACAGGACCCCAGGGAAGCACUAAAAAUGGGGAGAGCACUGCCAAUGGGGAGGAAAAUGGAUCUCAUGCCUUAGCCAAUCACCACUCUGAGAUAAUGGAGGUGGACAGAGACGUGGAAAUCCCUCAAAGUAAAGCAAUGGUCCUGAGAGGCCAUGAGUCUGAAGUUUUCAUCUGUGCCUGGAACCCAGUGAACGACCUCCUUGCCUCUGGGUCUGGAGACUCAACAGCACGAAUCUGGAACCUAAGUGAGAACAGCACAGGCGGAUCCACCCAGCUGGUUCUGAGACACUGCAUACGGGAAGGGGGCCAGGACGUACCCAGUAACAAAGACGUCACCUCACUAGACUGGAAUAGUGAGGGAACCUUGCUGGCGACAGGUUCAUAUGAUGGCUUUGCUAGAAUAUGGACAAAAGAUGGUAACCUUGCGAGCACUUUGGGUCAACAUAAAGGUCCUAUAUUUGCACUCAAGUGGAAUAAGAAAGGAAACUUCAUCCUCAGUGCUGGUGUAGACAAGACAACAAUUAUCUGGGACGCACACACAGGAGAGGCAAAGCAACAGUUCCCUUUCCACUCAGCACCUGCUCUAGACGUAGACUGGCAGAGCAACAACGCGUUUGCCUCCUGUAGCACAGACAUGUGCAUCCAUGUGUGUAAGCUGGGUCAGGACAGACCUGUCAAGACCUUCCAGGGACACACGAAUGAAGUCAACGCCAUAAAGUGGGAUCCAACGGGCAGCUUACUGGCUUCCUGCUCCGAUGACAUGACACUUAAGAUCUGGAGCAUGAAACAGGACUUGUGUGUCCAUGACCUCCAGGCUCACAAUAAAGAAAUCUACACAAUCAAGUGGAGCCCCACAGGCCCCGGGACCAACAACCCAAGUGCCAACCUUAUGUUGGCCAGUGCAUCAUUUGACUCAACAGUGCGUCUAUGGGACGUAGAGCGUGGGGUGUGUAUCCACACACUGACCCGCCACCAGGAGCCUGUCUACAGUGUGGCCUUCAGCCCUGAUGGCAGGCACCUCGCCAGUGGUUCCUUUGACAAGUGUGUCCACAUCUGGAACACUCAGACGGGUGCUUUAGUCCACAGCUACAGGGGGACAGGAGGGAUCUUUGAGGUAUGCUGGAACGCCACAGGGGACAAAGUAGGAGCCAGUGCAUCAGAUGGAUCGGUUUGUGUAUUAGACCUGAGGAAAUGACACUCAUCAGUGGGAGCCAUGGACCGACUACGAAUGUGUAAAUAGCCAAAAUGACUGACUGUCCCUGCCUGUCCGGCACACUGCUGUAGUCCCAUCAGUUGCAAUGGCUCGCCAUUACAGAACUCUCUCCCUCCUCACCUCACGUCCCUCUGAUGUACACACAAGGACCCGACCAUUGCCACACACAGUUCUUAAAGGUCUGUUUGCACACUUGCAUUUCUCUCCCAGAGCUGCUGGAAGAAACACGCCGUCACUCAGUAUAACCUCGUCGGGCUCAUCACACACAAACCAAAACAACCCAGAUUAUUUUCACGUUCCUCUUUUUAUCCUUUUUAAAGAUCAAUUUGUUUUUCGUAUGCAUAUUGCAUAUGCCAGCGUCCAGUGUCCUGUGGACAUUGUCGUGUUGAAUUUGGAUUUUAUCUCUCUCUAGGUUUUAUAUUACAUGGGGGUGGGGUGGGAAAGAAGGGUGGGGUGGGGGGUGUGACUUGUUUUGUAAUGGAUGUUCUGUGAGUGAUCAUCUUUUUCAGUCUGUAAUGUUCACAAAUGCAAAUGUAUAGCUCAGAAAAUGGAAGUGGUUGAUCAUUUUGACGACCAUGUUUGUUCCCCCGUUCUUUGUCUGUUUGUUACAAAGUCUAAAGCUGUAAAUCAAAGAGUAAACUCUCCUUUUGUUCCUGCAACUUUUAUCCUCAGACAUGAUUUUUCAGGUGUGAAUUCAUCCGGGUAAUAUCAAGCUCCGACGAAUUCAAAGCCUCUGUAGCUGUAACGCCACGUUUGAUAUCAUGUUCCAACCGUUCGCUGGGGGCAAACGGCUCCACUGCAGUUAAAGUGCAGACAGCUUCAGGCUCCCGUCACUGAAACUGCACUUGUGCACCAGUGAGGUAACGGGACACAGUGGAAGCUCUGCUUUCUGGUGUCUUUGCGGUGUAUGGGAUGUGUGGGGAAAGAGAGAUGGAGGAAAAACAAGUCUGCUUUAAUACAUUUGACAUGAAUAAUUAAUAGUCAUAUUUGUGCUUGUUAUGAUAAUCACAACAUGAUUAGACAGACUAAGGUCCAUCAUGUUCCAUUUGCCCCUUCUUAGUCAUUAAACAGGCGAACAUCUGGAUUAUCA